AUGCCUUCAAAGUCAAAGACAGAGGAGGAGGUGUAUCCACCUCAAGAAGUUCAUUACUUGAAAGAUGUAGUAAUAGGGUCGAAUGAGCCUGAGCCGUUUUACACUAAAUAUCAAACAGGUGUGCCCAUUGCAAUAGAUUUAGGAACGUCUACAUGGAGAAUUGGAUUGACAAACAAUGCAGAGCCAAAUAAUGUUUUUCCAGCAGUCAUAUCAAGACAUAGGGAUCGAAAGCUUGCAAAAACGCUAACAAUUAUUGGGAAUGAUGUCUUUAGCGACUCGGCGUUGAAGUCCACAACGAAAACUCCUUAUGAUGGACCUCUAAUUACCAACUGGGACUACAUUGAAUUUAUGCUUGACUAUUCGUUUGAACAUUUAUCUGUACAAAGCACUAACGGGAAAGUGAAUAAUCCCAUAAUAAUGACAGAACCGUUGACUUGCCCAUACAAUCAACGAAAAACAAUGUAUGAACUUCUAUUUGAAGCUUAUCAAGUGCCAAAAGUGUCAUUUGGACUCGAUUCGCUAUUUUCUUACUAUGCAAACUCAGAUGGAAAAUCCACUGGCUUGGUCAUUGGAACUGGAAACGAACUGACGUCAAUUAUUCCCGUGCUUGAUGGGAAAGGGUUGAUAUCUCAGGCAAAGAGAAUCGAUUGGGGUGGCGAUCAAUCGCAGCUGUACUUGUCUAAACUUUUGAGUUUAAAGUACCCUUACUUCCCGAAUAAAUUGAAUGUCAAUCACACCACAAAUUUGUUUAAGGAUUUUUGUUACGUUUCAGAGGAUUACCUGAAUGAGUUGAAACAUAUACUAGAUAUGGAUGUUUUGGAAAAGAAAGAUAUCGUCGUUCAAGCACCAGUUGAAAUAGCGGUCAAUAAUGAGAACAAGAAAACGGAGGAAGAGUUGGCGAGACAAGCAGAAAAACGAAGGGAACAAGGGAAACGAUUACAAAAACAAGCUCAACAAAAGAGGAUUGAGAAACUCGCUCAGAAACAGGAAGAAUGGGAUUACUAUUCAAAGUUGAAGGAGGACAAUGCAGGCUUGUCUGCAUCUGAAUUUGAAGAUUUAAUAGUGCGCGAUGGCUUUGAUGAUCUUGAAGAUUUUGAAAAGUACAUGGGCUCUUUGGAACGAUCAUUAAAGAGAGCAGCUCAAACAGAAGAUGGUGGGGAAGAUGAUGACCACGACGAUUCAUCAGACCCUGCCAAGGCAUGGCCAUUAGUAGACAUUCCUGAUGACCAAUUGACGCCAGAUCAAAUAAAGGAAAAGAGAAAACAAAAGUUGCUCAAGGCUAAUGCAGAAGCGCGAGAGCGUAAUAGAGAGUUGAAAAGACAGGAACAGGAAGAACGACUACUUCGAGAAGAGGAGGAGAGGAAAUGGAGAGAACGUGAUUUGGAUGAUUGGUGUACUACGAAAAAACUUGAAUUGGCUGGUCUUAUUAGUAAAGUCAAGGAUAGGCAGAAACUUCUUGAAUCCAUGAAGGACAGGAAAUCAGCUGUUGCACAGCAACGUAUGAAAAACAUUGCUGAACUAGCCAACGAUGAAACAGGGUCCACCUCCGCAGCUUCAAGGAAAAGGCGUCGUAAUGCAAACGCAACCAUUGAUAAUGACCCCAAUGACACAUUUGGAACCAAUGAUGAUGAUUGGAAUGCUUACAGGGAAAUAUCCAAUCAAACUGUUGAAAAAGAAUUGGACCAGCUCAAUAAGGGGAUAAUCGCAAUCGAAGAAGAACUUUUAAAGUAUGAUCCAAAUUUUCACCAUGAAGAUACUUUUGCCGCCGCCAACACUUUUGAUUGGAAAAACCUGGUGCUUCACAAAUUCGUCCAUGGCCCAAGACCAAACAUUACCAUCGAAAUGCAAGCCGAAGGUUUAUCACCAGAGGAGAUUGUUAACCAUCCAGAAAUUAUCAAAAAGAAUCAUCAAAUCCAUUUGAAUGUGGAGCGUAUACGGGUUCCAGAAAUAUUAUUUCAACCAACACUUGGUGGGCUUGAUCAAGCCGGAAUUACUGAGAUAUCCAGUGACUUGUUGCGCAGACGAUUGGAUGGUAUUUUUCAACCAGGCGGUCAAUCUUAUGCUAUGGCUAGCGACGUAUUUAUAACUGGUGGGUUGGCAUUGCUUCCUGGUUUUAAGAACAGAGUACAGAGAGAUUUCACACAAUUUUUACCGACGGAAACGCCGCUUCAUGUGCGUACUGCCAAGGAUCCAUUGUUGGACGCAUGGCACGGGAUGUACAAGUGGGCCAAUUCCGACGAUUCCAAGCAUGCGUAUGUUACCAAAGCUGAAUUUGAAGAGUAUGGACCAGAGUAUAUAAAGGAGCAUGGAUUGGGUAAUGCUUGUAUUUUAUAG